AUGGGCACCUUCGUGUUCAAGUGGGAGCAUGACGCAUCAGAGGUCUACGUGACUGGCACAUUUGACGACUGGACGAAGAGCGAGAAGCUGAUUCAGACUGGCAAUGUCUUCGAGAAGAAUGUGACGCUACCGAGCGCGGCCGAGAAGAUAUACUACAAGUUUGUUGUCGAUGGUGAAUGGGUUACCGAUCCCACUGCCCCUCAAGAGAAAGACGCUUCAGGCAACCUAAACAACGUCCUCACCACAGACCGAAUCGUCAAGCACACGCCCGAGUCAGCUGGUAUCAUGUCUGGAGUUGCUCCUACAUCCACGACAGCUGAACUGGCGAAGAAUGUUCCACUCGAAAAGACUGGCUCAUCAGACCUGCCAGGCACUUUCCCCGAGACCCCAGCUGCUGUUGAAAAAGGCGACUUCUCCGUGGCCCCUCUCCCAGCUUUCGAUGGGGCUAUCAAUCCCAUAAAGCUUGCCCCUGGCGAGAAAGUCCCGGAUCCAAGCUCGUUCACGAACAAUACUGUCACCUCUGGAGUUCGCGAUGACCCCGAGCUUGUUGCCGCUGCUGCCAAGGAGGAACAGCAGCCAGAACCAACCUUCAGCGUCGCACCACUUCCAGCCUUUCCGGGUGGCGUCAACCCGGUCAAGGUUGCACCUGGGGAAAAGAUUCCCGAAUCGAGCACGUUGACGGGCAAUACUAUUCAUUCGGCGGUCACGACCGACAAAGAGUCCUACGAAAAGAGUGGUGGGUUGGGAAAUGCUCCUGUUCUUCCUCCGGUCGUCACCCCUCAAAGUGAGCGGGAUCAAAAAGGCACCGGCAUUCUUGAUCUUCCACCCAUUUCGAAGAAGUUGAUUCCGGAGUCAAGCUUACCAAUUGGAGGUACAGGUGCAGAGACCUUCGAUGCUGGUCCAACGAUCCAAUCUUCCGGCCCAGCAAGCACUACCGCCCAACUUGCCGCAGCUGUGCCUCUCGAAUCAUCUAAAGUACCAGAAGUUGUGAAGGAAAGCCAAGCAGAGGCAGGAGUAGGGCCAGAAGCCAGUGCCGUUCCGGAAGAGGUUAAGGAGAAGAGCGCCGUGGAGAAGGAGCUCUUGGGCCAUGUUCCCGUCGCCCCAGCUACCUCCGAGGGAAUUGCAGAACAUCCCAACUCUGUCAGCGCCCCAGCAAAGGAUACACCGGAAGUAGUAAAGGAAUCAAUCGCCGAAUCAGGCCAGAGCCCUGAAGCUGCUGCGAACGAGGAAGCCGUGUUGGAGAAAAAAGCUGUGGAAAAGGAACUUCUCUCCGAGAUCAAGCCCGAAACCUCUACUGGUGAACCUGCACCAAAGGGAACUUCUGCU